GAGCUAUGGGAGGCGGGGCCGCCUGGGCGCGGCACGGUGAGGUAGUGGUGCAGCUCGGUGGGUGGCUAGUGUCAACGGCCUCUCUGGACUUAAGGGUGAGCAGGAACUGGCGUCGUCGCGGCCUCCAGGGCGCGAAGCUGACCUGCCGGCCGCUGAGGACCUGGACGGCCCCGGAUGAGGAUGGAGGAGCCCCCGGAGUUGGAGCCCCAGGCAGUUCAGCGCUUUCUUGCCGAUCGCGGAGGCCGAGCCCUGCACGCGGACCUGGUAGGGCACUUCAGGAGUUUUCUGGGCGGCGAGCCAGAGCUGCGCGCCCGCGCGCGCGCCCGCUUCAAAGAGAUGGUAAACGCCGUGGCCACUGUGCGUACCGACCCGGCCGAUGGCACCAAGUACGUGCACCUCAAAAGAAAGUUUUGCGAGGGCUUCCAGCCGGCUGAGGUCGGGCCCCAUCAGGUCCCACCUUGCGUCCCUGGGGCCACGGACCGCGAGCCCACCGCGGGAACCCCAAUCAACCCGGCAGAGCCCUGGGAGAGCGGCCUGGGUCCCGAGGAGACUCCGGGUCCUGUUGAUAGGCCAGGCGCGCAGCAGCGGGGGCCUCCACAUCCUAUCGACUAUGGGCGGAACCGGCGGCCUGUGGCGAGUGGCAAGCCUUGGAAUGAGAAUUCCGGGUGCAACCUGCAUCCUCCGGUGCGGGACCAGGCCCCAGGAAGCGGAGGAUACCUGGAGCCCCACGUUUGCGAGACGGAGACAGGCGGCUUUUCCCGAGAGGUCGCCACCCAGAAAAACCCCAGCCAGAACUCCCACGACCUGGCUCCGGGUAGCUCCCCCCAGCUUAAGAAGAGCACCUUUUUGGGAGGCAGCAACCCUGAGGCCGUCUCCUGGGAUGGACACAGCAGAAGUGGGGAUGAUUCCGAGGACUUAUCAGUCGCCUCCUUGUCGUUGGUGGAGGAGGAAAGCGGCGGUGGGGCCUCCGUGGCCCUGGACCCACUGGAGCAUGCCUGGAUGAUCUCGGCUGCGGAAGGCCAGUGGGACAGCCUGGAGGGAUUGCUGAGCAGCGAUCCCGGCCUCUUAGCCAAGCGGGACUUCAUCACUGGUUUCACUUGUCUGCACUGGGCCGCCAAACACGGCAGACAGGAAGUCCUGGCCUUAUUGGUGAACUUCGCCAACAAUCACCAAAUGCCCGUGAACAUCAAUGCCAGAACAAGCGGAGGCUACACAGCCCUGCACUUGGCGGCCAUGCAUGGGCACGCAGAGGUGGUGAAGCUUCUAGUGGGGGCCUACGAUGCAGAUGUGGACGCACGGGAUUACAGCGGGAGAAAGGCGGGGCAGUACUUGAGUCAGAGCACCGCUGAGGAGAUCAAGAAUUUGGUGGGAGGCCUGGACCUGGACCACAGAGUGAGCACCGCGGGUGGUGGUGGUGGACGUUGGAAGCUUUCAAAGGUGCUCCCCUCACACCUCAUCACCUAUAGACUCUCCCACAUACCGGAGGAUGGAGGCGAUCUCCACCCUUACUUGGCUGAGGGAUUGGCUGGAGGCAAAGUAAAGGAUCCAGGCCGCAAAGCCUCUGGCAGUUCUAUUGGAAGAAUCAAACCCAGACUCAACAAAAUCCGCUUUCGAACACAAAUCGUCCACACCACACCCUCAUUCAGAGACCUAGAUGAGCCUGUGGAGGAGGGUGAGGAGGAAGACGAUGAUGACCACUCUCUUAAAGGCCACUCUUCCUCAUUCAAGUUAAGACCAAAGUCCAAUGUGUUUGGGUAAAAGUUUCUUUCAGAAAAUUCCUUUGUUUAUUUGUCCUCGUGGAUAGAAUAUUAGAUAUAGGUUCUGUUCCAGGAAUUCCAAGGAUCGAAA